AUGUUACGAAAUGUUGCACCAUCAUCAGCAGCUGCUGUAGGUAUCUAUGGCUUACCUGUACAAUCGAUGCUACAUGAAGGACGUAAUAAAACUUCUAAUAAUUGCACUUUAACACAAUCAGAUAUAUCAGCUAUAGUAAUUGAAUGGCGGAAUAUUGACUAUUGUUUAAUGGACGAAAUUUCAAUGGUUGGUUGUCACAUGUUAGCUCAACUUCAUAGAAUAACCACAAUAGUAAAACAUACUGAACCAACUACUCCAUUUGGUGGUAUUAAUAUGAUAUUUCUAGGUGAUUUUGUACAGUAUCCACCAGUGCUUGAUCGACCACUCUAUUCAAAUAUAUUAUCACCGACUGAGACUUUAGCUAAUACUCUGCAUACUAUUAACCAAACUCACAGACAACGUAAUAUAACUCAACGUGAUAUACAAUGCAAAGUUGGAUGUGCACUUUGGCUGCAAGUUAAUAAAGUGUUCGUUUUGACAGAACAAAUGCAUAGUAAAGAUCCAUUAUUUAUGGCCAUGCAGGCAAGGUUAAGAACUGGACAAUGUACUGAUGAUGAUUACGAUAUGUUAUGUAAACGUGUUCUUUCAUCUGAUAAUGGUGUUAAAUCAUUAAGAGAAUCACCAUGGAAUUUAGCACCAAUGCUAUAUAAUCAAUUACCAACGGUUGUGGUUGCGAAUGAUCGAGUCCUAAAUCAUGAUAUUGACAAUAUUGAUCUUCGACGUUUCUUACUUUCAUUACCUGAUAAUAAAACAGAAGGCUUACCAGGAUAUCUACCGAUUGUAAUGAAUAUGCCAGUUCUCAUAACACAUAAUAUCGCCACAGAACUACAUAUUUCAAAUAGUUCAAUUGGUCAACUGGUGCGUUUAGUAUAUGAUGAUGAUGAUGAAAACUCAAAUAAUAAUAAUAAUAACAAUAUUAGAGAUGCUAAAUUUCCAAUUAAUACGAAAUAUAUUUAA